AUGCUUUCUGCUCCUCCAGCUGCCACCGAAGUGUCCUUUUCAUUUGAUGUCGGAAAUGGGCCAGUGGAGAUUGUGGUGAGGUCGCCCUCCCCUCUCAAUGAUGACCAGUGGCACCGGGUCACCGCGGAGAGGAAUGUCAAGCAAGCCAGUUUACAGGUGGAUCGGCUGCCCCAGCAGAUCCGCAAGGCACCCACAGAGGGUCACACCCGCCUGGAGCUCUACAGCCAGUUGUUUGUUGGUGGCGCCGGGGGCCAGCAGGGCUUCCUUGGCUGCAUCCGCUCCCUGAGGAUGAACGGCGUGACACUGGACCUGGAGGAAAGAGCGAAGGUCACGUCCGGGUUCAAAUCCGGGUGCUCGGGCCACUGCACCAGCUACGGGGCCAACUGUGAGAACGGAGGCAGGUGUCUAGAGAAAUACCACGGCUACUCCUGUGACUGCUCCCACACGGCCUACGAUGGCACAUUUUGCAACAAAGAUGUUGGCGCAUUUUUUGAAGAGGGAAUGUGGCUACGGUACAACUUCCAGGCACCGGGGGUCAGUGGCAAAGAAUCGGGCGGCCGGUCAGACAGCUCCCCUGAUCAGCAGAGCGCCCCUCCCGAUCUGGCCCAUGAGGGGAUCCACUUCAGCUUCAGUACCUCCAAGGCGCCCUGCAUUCUCCUCUACGUCAGCUCCUUCACAACAGACUUCUUGGCCGUUCUCAUCAAACCUGCCGGAAGCUUACAGAUUCGGUACAACCUGGGCGGCACCAGGGAGCCCUAUAACAUUGAUGUAGAUCAUAGAAACAUGGCCAAUGGACAACCCCACAGUGUUAACAUCACCCGGCACGAGAGGACCGUAAUUCUCAAGCUUGAUCACUAUCCUUCUGUGAGUUACCAUCUGCCGAGCUCGUCUGACACACUGUUCAAUUCUCCCAAGUCGCUCUUUCUAGGAAAAGUUAUAGAUUACAUGUUACUUAAUAGUCCUUAUCUCUUUUUGAAAAUUGUUGUAAUCAUUUCUCCUGCUGCCUAUCCAAAAGAGUCAAGCAUAGCCUUUUCAUUUGAGGUAUCUGCAAAACCUUUCCACCAAGAAAUGAACACUUUUAAGGUUUAG